GUAGUUCUAACACAGACAUAUGGUCCAAAGGAGUGCAGCCGCUUGUGUUCAUCCUCAAGUCUCACGUUUUCAGGUGCACACAGUUUUUGGUAUACAAUUCACUUGCGACACUGUGUUGACGCUGGUCCUGUACCGUAUACUGAAACAUAUUGAGUUUGAUGCUUUCGCCGAAUUGUCAAGAAGUAUCAAUGUAACUUUUAGAAACGAUGGCUGGAGUGUUUGAUAUAGAGCUACAUGAAGAAGAUGUUGAACAAGACUCUGAAGAUGAUAUAACGAUAGAGGGCCCAUAUGAUCCACAUCUGAAUAUAAAUGACAUCACAGAGUCUGAAGGUGUAGAGACUGUGCAGCUUUCAGAACAGAAUGUUAAUCCCGGUAGUGAGAAGACUGGUCCACAAGACUUUGAGCUUCGAAAAGUGCUUGGUAAAGGUGGUUAUGGUAAAGUGUUUCAGGUUCGGAAGGUGACAGGCAAAGAUGCUGGUACCAUAUUUGCCAUGAAAGUGUUGCGGAAAGCUUCUAUUGUCCGAAACCAAAAAGACACUGCACAUACAAAGGCUGAGAGAAAUAUACUGGAAGCUGUGAAGCAUCCAUUCAUUGUGGAGCUGAUGUAUGCAUUCCAAACUGGAGGCAAACUGUAUCUCAUACUGGAAUACCUUAGUGGUGGGGAACUCUUCAUGCACUUGGAGCGUGAGGGUAUAUUUCUAGAAGAUACUGCCUGUUUUUAUCUGUCCGAAAUAAUUCUGGCAUUAGAACACUUGCAUAUACAAGGAAUCAUUUAUAGGGAUCUGAAGCCGGAAAAUAUUCUGUUAGAUGCACAGGGACACGUAAAACUGACAGACUUUGGUCUGUGUAAGGAACAUAUCCAAGAAGGCAUAGUGACACACACAUUUUGUGGCACAAUUGAGUAUAUGGCUCCAGAAAUUCUUACACGAAGUGGACAUGGAAAGGCAGUAGACUGGUGGUCACUGGGUGCAUUGAUGUAUGAUAUGUUAACAGGAGCGCCACCCUUCACAGCUGAGAACCGCAAGAAAACAAUAGAAAAAAUAUUGAGGGGGAAACUAGUUUUACCUCAGUACCUUACACCUGAUGCUCGGGAUCUGAUACGCAAGCUCCUUAAGAGGCAAGUGAACCAGCGACUGGGUUCAGGUCCAGGAGAUGGUGAAGCCAUAAAAAUGCACCCCUUUUUCCGGCAUAUCAAUUGGAUUGAUGUGCUGGCACGAAAAUUGGAACCACCAUUCAAGCCUUCUUUGAGUAGUGAAGAUGAUGUAUCCCAAUUUGAUACAAAAUUUACGAAGCAGACACCAAUUGACUCACCAGACGAAUCCACUCUGAGUGAGAGUGCUAACCUUGUAUUCCAGGGAUUCACUUACGUGGCACCUUCAGUACUAGAAGAGAUGUACAAGCCACCACGCAUUGUGAAAGCCAGAUCACCCAGGAAGUCUGCAUUUCCUGCUCCAUCACUUAGACAGCCUUUCAGCCCCAGGCACAAUCAUCAUUUAGCUCCAAAUUUUGGCUUCCACCAAAGACCAGCAACAAAUGACUACCCCAUGGGAACUCCCAGCCAAGAUGAGAUGAUGGAGGCCUAGGCUGUUUUGACGCACUUCAUUUGAUCCUGAGUUGUGUUCAUUCAGUGCUUAUCAUUCUGGUCAGCCACUUUCGAUCAUUGGAGCAUGAACUACCUGUCUACACAGAGGUUGGUAACAAUCGCAUAGUUGCACUAUCUUCUCUGGUGCUCCUUCUGCUCUCUCUGAAUGUUUGAAUUCAGAAUUUCAGCCAUGUAAUGAUAUGCUUGGAAUUAAGACCCUCUUUAGUUAAUAGAAGCAUGGAAAUUUGUGUCACGAUGGCUAUGUAAAUUAUUGUCACAGAGAAUGGACGCUGUCUCGUACAUUAUUUUUUACAAUGCUUGCACAGAAGAUUUUUGUAAAUAAAAAAAAAAAAACUUUAUCUUAUCUGUAAAUGUAACCAUUCUGAGGGGCAGUAGGAUGUGGUUAACAUGUGCGAUUCUGCAACUCUUCCCCAGCUCUGUCAGUAAUGUUCAGGAAUGUAUAUGUCAACAUACAUUGUCAGAGCAUGUAUACCAGUGCCACAGCCUACUCAAGCUAAGCUCAGGGAUGUAUAUCUUUUGGUAACCUCUAUAUGCAGUUCCAGUAUCAAAGGAAAAAUUUACCACAUUUUUUCCUGAAAAGCUGCAGUUAUGUGACUUGCGCUGAAUAGCACAAUUGGAUAUGAGCCAGCACCAUUCAUUUUUACAUUUGUACAUUUCCAGCAUUGCAUAAUAUCUGCAUUUCUAAAAGGUUACUGUUUCUAAUACGUAAGUGAAAUUAUAAAAUUGUGCAUCCUGUCCAAGGAUAUUCUGUUGACAUAGGGAAUGUAAUUGUGUAACUGAACUGUAGAUGUAUGUUUUGAAUUUUGUUUACCUCAUUUAUUUACAGAAUCAUCCUUUAGAAUUUUAUUGGAAUUUUGAAGUGAAUUCUAUAUAUAUAUAAUUUGUUUUUAUUUUUAGUGUUUAUAUUUAUGACAAUAAUGUUAAAACAUGAAAAUGCCAUAUAAAGAGAACAAAGUGAAAAGUUAAAUCCUGUUGCUGAAUUACUGUAAAUAUUUUUUUUUACAAACUGGUAAUACCUCUUGAAGCAAUAAAGUUGUGUUCACCAAAAGGCAAUCAUUUUGUAUACAUGGUAUUGAGGGACAGAGAGAAAUCUAAUUUAUAACUGCAAAAAUAUUAGGAAUGUUCACACCUUUUUUUCUCUUCAGUGUAAUAGCAUUUAGAAUUCAGGGAUUUUUUCCUUUUGCUCAUUUUUAUGUUAUUAUGCAACUGAUAACUGAUGGAGUUUCAUCACAAUCUUCCAUAUGUUGUGAACCCAUAGAUACAACAGCAUUAUGUCACAGAGAGCAGUCACAUUUAGAACUGCCAAUUUAACUUUUUUAAAGCUAUUUGAAGUAUGUAACUUGUUAAAGAAAUGUGAAGAAACUUCUUUGGUAGUUUGUUUCCUAUGUUCCGUCUUCCAUGGAAAUCUGACAAGUUAGGUUUCUUAGAACUUCUGUGGCAUAUACAGCAUUUGUCUACAUAAUAGCUAUAAUUAACUGCACUUAAUUUCACUGAACUCAAACUUAACAGAACUACAAAGAUGACAUACACUCACAUCCUUAAAUAUUUUGGCAUUUAACUUGUGUUAUUUCACUCUUUACACUAUUUGCAUUUAAAAUGCUCUGUGUGUUUUUCUUUGUGUGCUGUAGCACAGUCAGGGGAAAUUUCCUCUUGAGGUACUCCUACAGUUAUUUAUGUGGAUGUGCAAUUUCCCAAUGCCUGUAAAACCUAAGUUUUAUUUGGUACAACCUUAUUUGUAAAUUAUUCUUUCACCAGUCACUCACACACGUUCUAUUCAUCCUGGUCUGUGUACAUGCAUUUGGUCCAUUAUAUAGUGCAGAAGAUUUCUUUUAGAAGUCAGGAUUGCAAAUACUGUAGCAAUUUUCAUUAAUUAUAAAUAUUUAAAAGAUUUUUCUUUAAUGUCAACCAAAAAUUAAGCUUAUGGAAAAAGAUUUGGUAAAAUAACAUUCAGUAAAGGAUGUAGACACUCGAGCACAACCAGGCAGGACACUAUUACACCUUUAAAGCAGCAAGAAAUAAUCAGCUGUGAAAAUCUGUGUUGUUCUGGGCACAUUUUGAUUUUGAAACAUAAUUUGCUGUGUGCUCACGAAGUUGAUUACUGCUCGAAGGUUUUGUUUUCAUUCGUGUACUUGUAUUUUUUUUAAGAUAUCUUCCAUUUUGUUGUGGUAAAUAUUGAUAUUUUGUACAUGUAAUAUGAGCCAAGAUAAAUGCAUUAAAAAGUGGAACUCACGUUGUGAAUUACUGGAAUGAAGUAUACUGGAAAAAGCAGUAAACUUGAGAAGUGGAGUUUAAAGUUGGACUGAGGAAUAAGAGGAGGCUGAUUUCUUUAAAGUGUGUUUUCACUGUAUUGUAAUUCUCAUUUUUCCCAGCCCGUAAGAGGGUUCUGUCCUUUGCUUAUACUGAAAAUUAUUUUGUUUGACUUGAUUACAUAAGAAUCAUUUAUUAAAAUUAGCUGUUAAAAUAUCUUCCAAAUAUUCUACUCAUAAAUGCAAUAAAUUAAAAGGUUCUUAGUAUAAUGGAAGAAGAUUACUUUGGGUGUUUGUCAUCUAAACUUAAUAUUGUAAGAUGUGAAUGAGGAUGGAUCCCAACUCAACUGGUAGAAAAACAGCUGAAUAUGGGGGCAGACAAAUACCAAGGACAGGGUAUUGCUUAACUGAUAAUAUUAUUUCCUUUUUGUAUGCCUGCAUGCUGUUCAAUGCCCCUUCUAUUCUGAGAGUGGUGAUUUUUCCUUGUUAUAUUCCAUUCUUGAUUCUCUCCCAAUGUGUACAGUGUUUAACAGUUUUCUUUGUAGACUGUGCCCUAAAUGUGCCACUUAAAUGUGUAAGCCACAUUCCUAAUUUGUGUUUCGUGCGCCUCAGACUGUGAUAAAAACUUCCUUCUGGUCAGAAUAAUUAGUAAUUUGUAUUUGCUGUCCAGUGCAUAUUGUGUGAUAUGAACUCUGCCAGUGAUUUAGUUUACCUGAGAGUUCGUUGUGAUUCCUGUUCCUUUGGAAGGCUGCCAUUUGUCUUAUUUUAAGUAAAAUCAGAAUUUUUCAUUGCUUGUGCCUGUUCCACAGUAAAAACAGAUUUAGUGUCUAUAAACAAUGUCAUCACUUUACUAAAUUCUUCUUCUCUUCUGUUUUUGUCAGUAAGGGAAGAUGCUAUUUCUCAUCAUGAUACAAAGUAAGUUAUUCCAAAUUAAAACUAUCCACCACCUCCAGUCCAGCAUUGACUGCAUGUUGCAGAUGUAAAAUAUAAAACAUUAUAAAAACUAAGCCACAGUUAUAAAAAUUCGUAGGAUUUUAAUUAUUCCGUGUCAGUCUGGUUUUGUUGUAGAACUUAUUUUGUGUUUCUUAUUAAUAGGCAUUCUCGUAAUAGUAAAAAACAACCACACACACGUUCCACUUAUCUAAACCAUUGAUAUCAAUAUUACCCUCUCACUAAUUAUAUAGUAAGCUGCAAUUACCACUUAAUUUUACUGUACCUUCUUCUCUAACAAAUCUUCUGUUCCUUUCUUGAGGUAUUUAAACAGUUUAUUAUGUAGUUUAUUGCAGUUUUCAAUUGACAACAAAAUUUAAGUUUAUUUGGUACUACUUUAUUUGUAAAUUUUUCUGUCACUGAUUUCUUUUUGUCUCCUAUUCUUUCCGUUCUGUGUGCAUACUUAGUCUGUCACAUACUAGAUAGCCUCUCAUUGUUGUUGUCAGUGUAAAACCAAGUUAAUUUGUGAUGUACUGUCACAGAAUUAGCUAUUGUGGACCAAUGCCACACUCCUACUACAAAGUAUUUAUUUAUAGCUGCACAUUUCCUGUACCUGAAUUCUUAUGUGCCCGCCAACCCCCGAGACCUAAGAUGCCACUAGUCAAAAGCUGCCUUUCCUUCUCCCUGUCCACAAUGUUUGUCAAAGAUAUGGACAGUUACAAACAGUUGCAGUUCACAAUUUGAAAGCAGUUUGUGAAUCAAGUAAUUACUGUACAUUUUGAAUUCCACCACUGGCCACCAAAUUUAUCAAACAGCUGCUACUAAUACUCGUGUAAAAUAUUCUCAGUUUAAAUUGUAAUAAGUUUUCAUGAACACUGAAAUAUGACAGCAGUAAAUGCGGUCACAUUUUAGAUUUGUCUAGUGUAAAUCAUAUCGCUAUUUGAUGGUUUUGUGAUGUAGACUGUUGGUGUAAUUUGAUUUGCUGUUGAAUCCAGAUACUAUUCCUUUAAGCAAACACUGUAAUGAGUGCAUGUAGUGCUUGUUCUAACAUUCUUAUUUGCUUUAAGAUGCUGUAGUAAACAUAUUAGUUCCAUGUUGAUGUGGUGAAUAUAAAUAUUCUAGUUAUCUUCGCUUUAUUUCCAACUGUUCGAAAAUGAAACAUCUUUGUAAUUGGGCCUCCAGGUUAGCUGCCAAAUGAUGUUAUAUUUGUAAAUGUUAGACAUAUUAUUCCUUUUUAAGGGUUAACAAUAAAGCCUGUUAUGGAAUUGUUACUGCUAAUGAGUUGACUUUGGCACAGUUUCAAAAGAAAACACUUCUGUUUCUGUUUUCAUAAUGUUCUAAUUUAUAAACAGUGAGCAUUUGUCAGCUAUUUCUCAGUUAAUAAUUAUUGCAGGUAUGUGGUUUAGCAAGGCCGCAAUAAAGAAACUGGCAUCAAAAGGCUCCUUUAAGUAGUAACAAUUUAUAAUGAAAUGUCAAAUGAAUAUUGAUAGUUAAAUGCUUGACUGGAAAGUGGCAAUGGAGCAACAUGUAGACAUUAAAAGAAGAAUAAUAAGAGACCAUUAAAGUCCCACAAGACCACAAAUAAAGAGAGGUAAAAGAGGUAAAUAGAAUCGAAAAACUGUGACGGACAAACAGUGGACAUAGAUAGGCUUGUCUAUACUGUUGUCACACUAUUUUUCUGCUGUGUAAUAUGGUCUGAAAAUAGCACAAAACUCCUGGUACUUGUUUCAUGUUUUCGGAGAUUUUCAAGGCACAUGCGCUUUGGACUUCAGAUGAUACCACGUACCUGGACACACACAAAAUGCAUCUUCUAUGGUGUUUAUUUCUUUUCAGUUUAAAACUGUCAUCAGCCCCCCCCCCCCCCCCCCCAUCUCUCUCUGUCUCUGUGUGUCUGGGGGGGGGGGGGGGGGCAGGGGCAGGGCAAGUUUUCAGCCUUAUACUGAAAUAUUAUAAAGAAUACACUGUCAAAAAAGUAGUUUAUGUAGUGCUAUGCUGUCAGAUAUACUAAAGCUUAUAGUCUAACAGUUUCUUCUAUCCGUUAUGUAUUUCAAAGUAUUCAACAUGAGAACAUAUAUUAAAACUGUUCAGCAAAAAUUAUUAGUAACGCAAUAUUUUACUUGUGGGUACUGGCAACUUGCAUUUUUCACAUAGUAAGGUACGACAAACACUUCAGUUGCAACAUCAGUGAUUGCUGAUUUUCGUCUUCUUUUCCAUCAGUGAUCACGUUACUAAUUGUGGUCGGUAUUCCAUUCCCCAUCCAGAGUGAGACAUUAAUGUAUGGUUAUUUUAAUUUAUGUAUUCAACUGAAGUAUUUUGAUUCCCACUGGUUCCCUGAAAACCGAUUGUGGGACACAAACCUCCCAAUGAUAGUGAAAUCUUGACAGUAGUAGGUUCAAGUCACUAAAUAUAAAUAACUUGUUCGUUAUGACACCUUCAUUUACCACGUCAUCUGAUAUUUGUAACAGUUUAUUUUCCUGGUAAUCAUAAGGGAAAUUGGAUACCCGUAUCUUUUGCUUUUUGAAUGGAUAAAUUAUUUCCACUCUUACACAGUUCCUCUAGGUGCAAAUCUUUUUUGUGCAACUGAAUGGUAUUGACUUGGGUGUUAAAAAAAUUAUAGGUUAUGCAACUACAUUAGGAUUCCUGUUUUCAGAGGGAUAUCAUUUUUGUGUUUCAUAAAAUAAAGUACUUUAAAAACAUCAGAAAUUUGAAGACCAUGGGUCCUGUACUGUGCUUGUACAAAAUGGACCAUGAACAGGAGAUGCAUUUAAGUUAUUACACUAGUGAUAACUUAGUUUGAAGUAAAUUGAUUGAUUUUUCCCAUACAGUUGGGAUGGGGUUAGUCUGGACAGACUUGCCUUUUUCCUUCCUGCCCCCCUAAAUUAUUCUAAAUGUAGCCUCCUACCUAUUUCCUCAUUACCCAUCAACCUCCCCCCCCCCCCCCCCCCCCCCCUCUCCCCUCUCUCCUCUCUCCUCUCUCUCUCUCUCUCUCUCUCUCUCUCUCUCUCUCUCUCUCUCUCUCUCUCUCUCUCUCUCUCUCUCUCUCUCUCUCUCUCUCUCUCGUUGCUGGAGUAUUAUAGAUCACAUCUUUAAAUGCCAAUGUAUGUCUGGAGACCCCAAAUAUCCAUAUAUGAGAUUGUGAUGGAACGUUCAUGAGUAUUGUAUUCUAGUCACAUAUUAUCUCACAUACUGUAUUAACCGCAAUAUUUUUGGAAAACAGUACUGUGUUAGGUGUAGUGUGGUAAAUGAGUGGUGAAGGUAAUAUUUUUUCUAGCUUAAUCUUCCAUUUUUCUAAUUGGAAAUCUGUCUUCCAAUAUGUUUUUAGAUUUUUUAGCAGAGUGAUUUGAUUAUUGGUAGUAUAUGGCAGAGAAGCUACAGAAUUGGCUUCACUCUUCCAUUUAAGGAACAAUCCACUGUUACUCUUUGUUACAUAAUUGUUUUGUCAUUGUUUGACAGUUUAAAUAUAUAAGUGAAUAUUAACUCACAGUGCUUUUAGAAAAUUCACAUUGUCUGACAGUUUUUUAGUCCAUGCAUAUGUUAUACUUAUAAUUUCUUAAAUUUCUUUUACAAUUUUGGAAUGAAACCUAAAUCAUUUGAUGCUAAAAACUUAACCAAAGCCAUCUGCAACCAACCUGUUAUGGCCUUCUGAUGUAUAGCCAACAUAUAUUCAAAUUUGUGUAAUAUUUGAUGCAUGUAUUUUGCAUCCUCUUAUUUCCAUUACAUGUUGAACAGUAACUGAGAGGUUUAACUUUUGUUUCCAUGUUUCAAAUGUUAUUUCCCCAUGAGUUCCAGAAUAUACACCAAAAUUGUGCCUUUUUGAUGGUAAAUAAGAUGGUUAUCUAAAUAUUAUUAUAUUUAGAUGUUAUUGCAUAUAGGUACUCUUGUGGUUCAUCAGAAGAGCUCUCUCUCUCUCUCUCUCUCUCUCUCUCUCUCUCUCUCCAAGAGUUUGUUCACUCAUUAUUUGUUUUGUAAGACUUGUUUAAAGGAAUUUGUAUUAACAGUAUUAAAUAUAGACAUAAGAACAUCCAGUUUUAAGAUAAUACAAACAGGCAAAAGGGAAUAGCAGUUGUGAGCUCUUCCGAUAAAUGCAAUGGUACAAUUGAGUUACAAAAAUACUGCUAUGGUGGUCAUAUCUUAAAUAAAGUACUAAAUCAUUAUCAGUUUUAUAAUUUGUAAACUAUGUGAGAUCUGUAAAUGAUUUCUCCAUUUCUUUUCCUUUUGUCUUAACCUCAUUUGGAUAACGUGGUUUGUUAAUUCAGGAGUAAUUUAUUACAAGGAACACUGUGAAAAUUUUGAGAAUUGUAUUAUAAUCCCAUUGUGCCUUUCUUCAUUUCUGUAGCUGAAUGUUUUAUUUGACUGCCACUUUAAUGUACUCCUCACUAAAUUUCCAUCAUUAUGACACUUGUAAACAUCUUUUAUUCACAUGAGUUGUAUUAUUGUAAGCUCUUGAUAUUUAUAGUCAUGUGUAACUAAUUUUUAUGCCUUGCUGCCUCGUAAGCAAUAAAAUUAAUGCACAGGCAAGGUUUGUUUGCAAGAGUCCAGCUCUCUCUCUCUCUCUCUCUCUCUCUCUCUCUCUCUCUCUCUCUCUCUCUCUCUCUCUCUCUUUUAAAUUGUGUCAGUACUUUUCAAUUAAGAAAGAAGCUAAAUAGCUCCAAAAAAUGCUGCUCUGAAAUAAAUGUACUGCGAUGAGGCUGAUUAAAAAUGAUUGUAUUUAGAAGGAGUGCACAAUUUUAUUAACAGUGAAAAUAGUUUGCUGCAAGUUCCACACAGUCUGCAGAAACAUUAAAAUGCAGUCAUCCAGUAGACAAUUUCCUUAGUUGUCUUUUUCUGGGAAGAAUUGCUAUUAACUUGUUCCACAGUGUUUUACAAACUUAUGAAUCUUUGUGGGUAAAAGUUAAUUAAAUUUUUGUUUAUGUUUAAAUACAGACAGUAUGAGACAGUGUAUUACAUUUCAGUUGCUUUAUUAUUAUUGAUGAAGAUGAUGAUUAUUUGAAAGUACUAAUGAAGAUCACAUUUGCUUGUCAGAUUCUUUGCUUACGUCCGUUACUACAAUACAUGUAGUAAAACAUGAAUAAGAAUCACAUUAAAGAGCUAUUGCAGAUUAUUUGAUGCUGUUGAUUUGAGUGCCUUUCUUCAGUCAAAAUAAAAAAUUGUUAUUACAUGGAGGAGGAGGAGGAUGAUGCUUAUCUUUCACUUGAAUAUUCACUUAUUAGAGAAAUUUCUUGACUUUCACUCCUAUAAUUGAGUUUCUGUAUUCAUUUUUAGUGUUUGUUUUUCUGCUGUGUAUUUUACAUCUUGUGUUUAAAUAAUUAUUCUUUUUAUAAAGAUGUCAGUGAUACGGGGAUUUGUCGAAACAUGUUAAUGUUUUUGAAGUUUCUGUGGUGUUAUAAUGCCAUUUCAUAGAAUUGGACUAAAAAUUUUAAGUAUAUAGAUCUUAAAGGGAAAUUAAUCUUAGUCAGUUUCAUUCUGACAAAAGAGUGAAACAUUACAUUUUAAUUUAUACACUGCAUAUUUCACAAAAAAAAACUUUAAAUUUUUGUGUUCUCUUUAUACUCUUUAAUUGGAAAUGUCUUUCCAAUAAGCAUGUUGUGUUCAUUAUCUCAGAGCUAAAGGAAAAAAUGCAGGCAAAAGUGUGAACUAUGAAGCCUGUGUGCUUGUAACAGUUUGAUAGUUAGUUUUAAUACGUUAUUUGUACAAAUGUAAUGAGUUAUAAAUGUUAAAAUACUAAUGAUAAUUGAUACGUAGCAUGUUUGCUAUUAUUGUGUCAGACCAGUCAAUGAAACUUUGUGAUUCAGAUUGCAUUUGUAUCUUUCAACAACAAAUAAUUGGGCAGAGUGAAAAAAAAUCAAUAAAUUCCUAAAAUGAG